AUGUUCCGAAAUGUACGUGACUAUUUCAAAAAUGCCAAUGAAAAAAGUGAAGACUGUGAAAAGGGAGCAGUCCCUGGAGAUAAUAACAAAACUGAUGGUAAUGCAAAUGGGGUGAAUGACCAGAUUGGAGAAAGGGGCACCCCUUGCGGUGAGGCAAACCAGGAGGAGUACCCAAUCGAGGGGUCUUACAAAGAUAUGGGUGAUAUUUGCAAAAAGGAAAUAAACACUGAAAAUAAUUUCAUAAAGAAUUAUGACAGUUACAAUGAUCUGGAUAACCAUAAGAAGGGGUGUAGAACGAGUGACGAAGAAAAUGGUAAAAAUAAAGAUGUAGCUAUUAAUGGGGACACGCUUGAGAAGAGCGAACCAUUUGCGAAUAAUUCCGAGGCGAGCGCAUGUUGUGCCGUGGGCGACGAAUCGGAAGGUACAGGCAACAGCAGGAGGGAUAAGCACAAACUGGAUUUAAGCGAUGAAGCUCUCAAGAGGAGGAAAUUGACGGAAGUGCAGGAGGAAGAUAAAGGCAAGUGUGAUGAGGGAGAAGUUAUUCAGAACACUUACGCCGAGAAUGAAGAGAAGUCAAAUGAGGCGGAAGAAGCCGAAGAAGCGGAAGAAGCGGCUAUUGAUAAGGAAAAGCCUGUGGAGGAGAAUAAGGAUGAGAAUGCCAACCCGCCGAACGAAGAGCAGGUGAAUUAUUUGCAAGAAAAAUUACAACAGCUCCUAUCCGAGACGAAGCGGUAUACGGAGAAACUCUCAGGUCAGAGGCUAAAAAUGAAUGUGCAGUCAAAAGGAAGCAAGACGAGGCGUUGUGCAAUGACGGAAAAGGAGGAAGAUUAUAUGUUAUUGAAAGAUGCGAAUGAGGAGGAUGAAACAUUUAUUAUGAAACAGCCGGCUAAUAUCAAUGGGUGCAUGAAACCGUAUCAAAUAGAAGGGCUAAAUUGGCUGUACCAGUUAUAUAGACACAAGAUUAACGGUAUUUUAGCAGAUGAAAUGGGGUUAGGUAAAACUUUGCAAACUAUCAGCUUGUUAUGUUACUUAAGAUUUAAUAAAAAUAUAAAAAGGAAAAGUAUCAUCAUAUGUCCGAGAUCUACAUUGGACAAUUGGUAUCAAGAAAUAAAAAAAUGGUGCACAGAAAUGAAGGCUUUUAAAUAUUACGGGAAUAAAGAGGAGAGAAGGGAAUUAAACAAGAAUGUGUUACAUACAGAUUACGAUGUGUUGUUGACAACUUACGAAAUAGUGAUUAAGGAUAAGAAUGCCUUGUUUGAUAUCGACUGGUUUUUUCUCGUAAUAGAUGAAGCACAUAGAAUAAAGAAUGACAAGAGUGUGUUAAGUACAUCUGUUCGUUUUUUACGAUCGGAGAAUAGAUUGUUAAUUACAGGAACUCCCUUACAUAAUAAUUUGAAGGAGUUGUGGUCCUUAUUAAAUUUUUUAAUGCCCAAAAUAUUUGACAAUUCGGAAGAAUUUGACAAUUUGUUUAAUAUAUCAAAGAUUAGUUCUAACGAUAACAAACAGAGUGAAAUAAUCACUCAGCUGCAUACCAUUUUGAAGCCUUUUAUGUUAAGAAGGCUGAAAAUGGAGGUGGAACAGUGUCUUCCCCCCAAGAGGGAGAUAUAUGUAUUUGUGGGUAUGUCAAAAUUGCAAAAGAAAUUAUAUUCUGAUAUACUUAGUAAAAAUAUUGACGUAAUUAAUGCCAUGACGGGGAGUAAAAACCAAAUGCUUAACAUACUUAUGCAGUUGAGGAAGUGCUGUAACCAUCCCUACCUAUUUGAUGGCAUUGAAGAACCUCCUUACAUUGAGGGGAAUCACUUGAUCGAAACUUCUGGAAAAAUGUCUCUCCUGGAUAAGCUCCUUCCAAGACUCAAAAAAGAGAACUCACGUGUGUUGUUAUUUUCACAGAUGACCAGGGUUUUGGAUAUUAUAGAUGAUUAUUGCAGGUGGAAGAAAUAUGAGUACCUUCGUAUCGAUGGAUCGACAGUAGGUGAUGAAAGGCAAAUAAGGAUCAAUCAGUUUAACGAACCGAAUAGUAAAUAUUUUAUUUUUUUGCUGUCCACAAGAGCGGGAGGAAUUGGAAUUAACUUAACUACUGCAGAUAUUGUUAUCCUAUUCGACUCGGAUUAUAAUCCACAGAUGGAUAUUCAAGCCAUGGACAGAGCACAUCGUAUAGGUCAGAAGAAAAAAGUUAUCGUGUACAGAUUUGUCACCCAAAAUACAGUGGAGGAGAAGAUUGUCGAAAGGGCAGCGAAGAAAUUAAAGUUAGAUUCUCUUAUUAUUCAAAAGGGGAAGCUAAAUUUGAAUAACAAAGAGAACAAUAAACAAGAAUUACACGACAUUUUAAAUUUUGGAGCUCCUGAGGUGUACAAAACACAGGAUGUCUCCUCUAUUUCGGAUGAAGACAUUGAUAUAAUUUUAGCUGAUGCUGAGAAGAGAACUAUGGAAAUUGAAAAUAAGUUAAAAAAUUUGGAAAAUAUUUUUGAUCUAUCAAAUAUAUCGCUAGAUGGUGGACUGAACAUGUACAACAAUUUGACAAAAGACGGUUCAGAAGAAUCAAGUGAUGAAGAUUAUUCAGAUUCGGAGGAUGGAGAAGAAGAGGACGACGAGGAGAUAAAUUACUCGGAGGGAGAUCAGCUUGAAGGGAAGGGAACAGGCGAAGGAGGCAUUGACGGAAUUAUCAAAAAGAAGAAGAAAAAGAAGAAAAACUUCAACAAAAUAAGAAGUACGAUAAAAAAAUUUUUAAAAAAUAAUAAGAAAAAUAUGGCCUUCCUUGAUUUAGGAGAAAGAAAAAGCAAAUGGAAAGUUAUGAAUUCCACAUGCAACAAAAUUAACAAGAAAAAACUGGAGCUGCAUGGAUGGAGAGCAGAAGCCAGGGGAGGGCAUGAUUUCCAGUUUUUUAAUAAUGAAAAAUUAGAUGAAUUAGAAAAGCUAGAAGAAAGGUGGAACAAGUAUCGCGUUAGUGAAGACAAGAUAAGGAAAAUUAUCGACGCGCAAAGUGAGGAAAAGGAUUUUGAGAAGUUUGUAAAUUUUUCUGAUUUUCUCGAUUUGCACGGGAAGAACAUUUACGAAAUUAUCAACUUGAUAUAUCCUAACAUUUUUGAUGAGCACAUGAAUGAGGAGGGUGGUGCGGGUGACACCAGUCGGAACGGUACAGAGGGGGGAAAUGCUAGCAACCAGGAUGGCGCGAAUAAAACAGCCAAUGUUGUUGGCGGAACAAGUGACAGUUUAAGCGAGGUCCAGCAGAUAAAAAGGAAAAUUAUCAAAUUGUUUGAAUCGAAGAAGAAGCUAAACACGGUUCGGUUCAGGGACAAAAAUGUUAAGGUCUGUUACGAGUACAUAACCAACUUUGUUAAGAGGCACUUGGGAGAGAACAAUAACAACGAAAGUAGUAACAACAAAAAGAGUAAGAGUAGCAGGCCGGUUAGGAAAGCCAUCGACCACGACUUGAUCAAUAUAGAUAUUGACCAGAUAAGGAGUGAAAAGGAAGAGCUUUUAAAGGAGGGGUUUGCCAAGUGGAACAAGGCAGAGUUUAACAAGUUGAUGAGCGGGUUGAUCAUCUACGGCAGUGACGACAUCGAGUACAUCCAGGAGAAGUACUUUGGAAACUCGAAGAAGACCUUGGAGGAUAUAAGGGCCUACUUGCGUGUCUUUUUCCGGAAAUACAAUCAGGUCAAAGGGGGUAAAAGACUCUUCGAGAGAAUUCAAAAGUCCGACCUGCAGAGGCAGUUGAUACAAGAGGAAAAUGAUCUCAUCGCAAAUUUUGUUGAAAAGCAGUUGUCCAAUGGUGUCGACACCAUUGACAAGUUGGAAUUGCCCCCGAAUCUGUGCUACGAACAUGUGCAGAAACUGGAGGAGCCACCAAACCCCACAGGAGAAGUUAAGGAAGAGAAGGAGACCAAAAUUGCCAUGAGUGAAGAAGAAAUAGCAUAUUACGAAAAAGAAAAUAAAAUAUUACUUUGGCUCUUAUACCAAGAGGGGGUUGUUCAGACAAAGAGCAUUCAUAUUUUGACGCCCUAUUAUUGGGGUCAAGCUCAGGAUUUUUUUAAGUACGCAAACACCCCAUACGAAAGUGUCGAGUAUAGAUGCCGCCUGAUCGUGGAUGCCAUUGUGCAGAUGAGCAGAAAGAACCCUAAAUCCUCGAGUAGCAAGGAAAAGAAAAAGUGA